GAUAAGAUUUGUAUUUUGUCGCAAAUCAUCAUUCGGCAAGAUGUGGCUGUGGGGGGUGAUCUGUGUCUUUAUUCUGCUGACUAUAAGGUGGACUGUGAAAUGGCCGCAAUCGAGAAACGGCAUCUACAGUCGCAAAGGUCCUUUCUAUCCACUCAAAUUUUGCGCCUUUUACCUCUUGGUUUCCCUUCGUAAGUUUUCGGCUGCUCGAUCGCCCACGUCAGGUGAAGCUGGACGAGGCAAAAAGUCAUAUGCGGAUCCACGGCAAAUGGAGCGGGCUCAGCCAUUUUCCGAUGAUGCGAAGGCCUUUGAUGCGGUUUUCUUCAGUGGUUCAGACCAAGACGGAAAUUUCUUGGUUGCGGCAAUGGAGCGUAAAAAGAAUAAGAAGUGCAAUAGCGUGCUCUAUUUGAGAUUGGCUGGAAAAGGUUUAUUCCGAGGGCCUUGGUUACCAGACACGAGUGUAGCUGCCGAUAAAGAUGAUGCUUGGGAAUCGCAGGGCCUAAAAUUCCAUCCCGUGGAACCGCUGCGACGGUGGUCUAUUAAAUUUGAGGGGAAAGUCAACAAAGUGUCCGAUCAAACUGAGUCCAUGCAAGUCCAAAUCGACGGGGAUUGGUCUUCCGAUCAUGGCAUCUUCGACUACGAUACGGACAUGUCUGCCUCAGCCACUGCCCGUGUCUUCGCCAAAGAACCAUGGAACAAGCAAUACUUUUCGGAUUUGCAAAAAGCUCAUCAAACUCACUAUGAACAACUCGGAGAUCUUCGUCUUCGAAUUCAGAUCGAAAACGACAGCGAGCCUUCCGUGAUGCAUUUCCAAACAUUCAGAGAUCACAGCUAUGGCGCCAAACGAGAUUGGAAGCUUAUGCAUCGCUACGUAUUCCAUCACGUGUUCCUCGCCAACCGUUGGAAGGCCGUGGUUGGAGUGGUUUGUCAGCCUCAUACCUGCACAACCUUGGAAUGUGGGUUUGUUUGUUUACCCAAUGGAUCAAUUUGGCCUGUGGACCAUUGUUCUCUAGAAUUAGCCAAUCACGGCGAAGGGGGAGACCCUCCCCAACAAUACGGUUUUGUCUUCUCGGCCGGUGGGCAAGAAUACCAAAUGCAGGUCCACAUCCAGGAGAGGGUUGCCCAUUUCUAUGGGGAAGAACAGGAAUGCCGAAUCAUGGAGUGUUUUGCACAAUAUCAAGUGAAUGGGAUCUCUGGAUCUGGGAUCUGUGAAUGGCAAAACAGGAACGUCAAGUCUAUGAUGGCAUCUUAGAAGUUGAUCGUUCUUCUUUCAUUACAAAUAUACACAAUGGAUUGAGAAGACUUGGCUAUUGUUACAAUUGUUAGUAUAACAGUGUGUUUCUACAAUCUCGUUUUUUUAUGCGAAAUAAACCCGGCUUUACCA